AUGAACUUUAUGUUAUGUUAUGUUAUGGAAAAAAGCGUCCAAUAUUUUCAAGAUGCAUCGAUAUCUUCAUCUACUGAUAAAUCCCAGAACAAUAUUAGUCCAGAAAUUCUACCCAUACCAACAAUACAAAUUAAUUCAGAACAACUCGCAAAUUUACAAAAUGCUAGAGCCAUAAAUAUAGAAGACGAAGAAGAAUUAUUAUCAGAACCCGAACCUUUUGGUUCUGGCGGCUCCGAAUCUGUAUACUUACCUAGUGGUGAAUCCCGCAGCAGUUUGAUAGUACCAGAAUAUUGA